ACAAUAGGCUUAUGUUGAUAGUUUUCAUUCAUUAACAGUUCUAGUAUCCAACGCCUUGUAACAAAUCAAGUCAAAGAAGAUUUUGAAGUUUCUAUUUCCAAGUUAUGUAAAAAAAAAAACAACAGCCUUUUUAUUUAAAGGACGAAUAAAAUAUGGCUUUAGAUAUCUAGAGUUUUACAUUUUACGAUGUUUACUUCAAACGUUAAUAAUUAGUGUGCAUAAAUUAAAAAUGGCCUAUCAGGCUGACAGCAGUGUCCUUAGAUGGAUGAAGUCAGGUGACAACGCGACAAAUUUAACCUGGGCUAAACAAACUGAUGAAAGAGUAUGGUUUAAAGCUAUAGACGACAUAAAACCUUAUUUAAGAAACUACAUGUGGCUAGUUUGUGGCUUUGGGUUGCCUGGCAACUUCCUUAUCAUCGCCCUAAUACUGAGAAUGAGAUCUCGCGGGAUGUCUUCCUACUUGAUCGUGUACCUGGCAGUGUUUGACAGUUUGGCUCUCAUUGCCAAGUUGGUCCAAAGAAACAUCUUCUACAGCAAUGUAAGACUUGAGGACAUCGGAUGCAAAAUGGUUUCCAUUCCGGAAAUGUCCUGCGCUUCGAUAGCUAACUGGACACUGGUGUUUAUAAGUGCUGAAAGAUUUCUGACAGUUUGCUAUCCCCUACAGAGACAACGCUGGCUGACAGAUUUCAGGAUUAAGCUCAUACUAAUUGUGGUACCUUUAUUUCUCACUGGCUACGCAAUCAGCCUGAACGUUGUCUUUCAAUACGAGACCAAGUCCAGGUGUGGCACAAAGUAUAUCAAGUUCUACCAGUACAUGGUCAUCCCACCAAUCACAAACAUUGUGGCGCCGUUCAUCGUCCUUCUGAUUUUCACCAUCUUCGUCCUGAAGAGCAUCCGGUCCGUCUCAAAAAAGCGAUCCUUGCGGCUGAAGAGCGUCACCUCCUUGAAGGAGCCAAGGAAGAACUCCCAGUCCGCCACGCAAGAAAUGGAGAACACUCUAAGCAACAUCAUGCUGGCCGCCGCUGUCUUGUUCUUUGCCGUGAACGCCCUGUACUGCGUCUACACCCUGAUCAUGUUCCCCGUGUAUGUCAGCAACCUCACCAGGUCUGUCACUUUCACCAGGUACUCGGCGCUGAUGAUUAGCGACUGGAACCACGCGCUGAACUUUUACGUCUACGUCCUCUUCUCUGAAGGUUUCAGGGCCAACCUCUUGAGGAUGAUGAGGUCGUGGUCUUGCUGUAUGAGGAUGCUGAGGUUAUGUUUCUGGUCAGAAACUAUGGCGGUGACGGACAAUCACGCACAAUCCAAUGCUAACGCAAUGGAGCAGACGAGCACGAGUUCGAUUGUUUGAAAACAUUUACAAUCUAGAUUUAGUACAUCCAAAACUUAUGGGAAUUCAGUAUGCUAGUUCCACUACUUUGUAGAGCUGAGCUGCCUGAAGUCUUCACAAUUCUUUGUCCAACCUAACACUCUCAACAUCAUUCUAAUAUUGUUAACAGAAAGCUGUUUGGGCCUCCAAGAAUGAUACUUAUUUCCGCAAACAGAAGUCUGUAUCAAUUCUACAUAUAUCUCUAUGUUUCUGUUAUUUGCACAACAUUGGAAAUUCUGAUUUUUAAGUCACAUAGUCAAUCACAGCGUUGUAGUAUUGUUAGUUUGAAAUCUACAUCAACAACCAUUUUUGCACCCCUUUUAAUAUAAACUCCUUUGGCUUCUCCCCGUAGAGCAAGGUUUGUUAUUUUCUUUUUAUUCCAUGAAUCUCACAAGUUAAAAAUACUAGAAUGCAUUUUUUAAUACCUACAUCUAAAGAUGUACAUUACACCAUAGCAUACCACAUGGAAUGUCAAUGUAGAAAUCAUUAUCAUCACACGAAUCAAUUAAAAAAUGUACUUAGCGAAAUGUGGAUGUAUAUGUGGAUUUAUUUCCCUUAUUAUGUUUUGUACACAUUUUUUCUCCCACUUCCCAUUCUCUGAUCAAGUUGGAGUUUUGCACAAGUAUUUAUGGUCGAUGAAAAUUCACGAAUCAAUCGAAAAAUUAGGCAAUAUAGUUAAUCAAUUUGUGGUAAUUAAUUUUGUUUUAUAUAGGGAAAAAGGAAGCUUAUUCCCACAGUAUUGAGAUGUAUAGCAGUGAUAUUGUAGUUCUUCCACUUAGACAAGCUUUGUUAAAAAAUAUUUUGUAUAUUUUGCUUGUUUUUAAAUUAUGAACAUUUCAUUUAAUAAUAAAUGUUUUGAUCAUGUGAACAUUGUAUGAAUGACAUUAUUUCUUAUCUUUUAGUAAGUAUAAAUAAAUAAGAUCUCAAAUAAAUGUAUUUUUUUCUUCUA